AUGCCCAUGUCUGCCAUUCCUGUCAUCGUGACCGGGAUUUCCCCCCUCCUGUUGAUGGUUUUGACUUCUUCUUUCUGCUUUAACUUGGACACGGAGCAGCCAACAAUCUUCCGCAUGGACAGGCCUGGAUUUGGACACAGUGUGGUUCAGGCUUCUGAUCUGAUGGUGGGAGCCCCCCAGGAGAUAACUGCUGCCAACCACACGGGUGGCCUCUACAGGUGUGACUACCUCAGGGCCACUUGUAGACAAAUUCUCCUCCAGGUCCCCCAGGAAGCUGUGAACAUGUCUCUGGGCUUAUCCCUGGCAGCUGCCACCAGAUCUUCUCAGCUGCUGGCCUGUGGCCCUACGGUGCACCAGGCUUGUAGGGAGAACUUGUACUUAACUGGGCUCUGCUUCCUGAUGAAGUCUGACUUCUCAACAGUCAAGAUGCUCCCCAGUGACCUACAGGAGUGCCCCAGGCAAGAGCAAGACAUUGUGUUCCUGAUUGAUGGUUCAGGCAGCAUCAACUCUGACAAUUUUCGCAAGAUGUUGAUAUUUGUGAAGUCUGUGAUGAUGCAGUUCCCAAGACCCAGCUCUCAGUUCUCUUUGAUGCAGUUCUCCAAUGAGUUCCGUGUGCACUUCACUUUCAAGGAAUUCACAAAGGAGUCAGACCCAAUAAAACUUCUGGACAAGGUUUGGCAGCUGAGAGGCUACACUUACACGGCUACAGCCAUUCAAAGGGUCACACAACGUUUGUUCACUGCUUCAAAUGGGGCCCGAAAGGAUGCCUCCAAGAUCCUCAUCGUCAUCACUGAUGGGAGGAAAGAGCUUGAUUCUCUGAACUAUGAGGAUGUCAUCCCCCAGGCGGAGGCAGAGGGCAUUGUUCGCUAUGCAGUUGGGGUGGGAUCUGCUUUUAGAAGAAGAUCUUCACGCCAAGAAUUAGAGGCCAUUGCGUCAGAGCCCUCUAAUGAACAUAUAUUUCAAGUGGAGAACUUUGAUGCUUUGAAAGAUAUUCAGAAUCAACUGAAAGAGAAGAUCUUUGCUAUUGAGGGUACACAAACCACAAGCAGCAGUUCCUUUGAAUUUGAGAUGUCUCAGGAGGGCUUCAGUGCUAUGAUCACGCCUGAAGGACCAGUCCUGGGGGCUGUAGGGAGCUUCAGCUGGUCUGGAGGUGCCUUUUUUUACCCUUCAAGCAUGAGGCCCACCUUCAUCAACAUGUCUCGGGGAAAUGUGGACAUGAGGGACUCUUACCUGGGUUACUCCACUGAGCUGGCCCUUUGGAAGGGGAUGCAGAACCUUGUCCUGGGGGCUCCCCGCUACCAGCAUACCGGGAAGGUUGUCAUCUUCACCAAGGUGGCAGGGCAAUGGACACUGAAUAAGGAAGUCACAGGGACCCAGAUUGGCUCCUACUUUGGGGCCUCCCUCUGCUCUGUGGAUGUGAACAGAGAUGGCAGCACCGACCUGGUCCUCAUCGGGGCCCCCCACUACUAUGAGCAGACCCGAGGGGGGCAGGUGUCUGUGUGCCCUUUGCAUCAGUGGGGGGCUAGGUGGCACUGUGAGGAAAUUCUCCAAGGGGUUCAAGGUCAUCCCUGGGGCCGUUUUGGGGCAGCCCUGACAGUGCUGGGGGACGUGAAUGGGGACAAGCUAAUGGAUGUGGCCAUCGGAGCCCCAGGAGAGCAGGAGAACAGGGGUGCUGUCUACCUGUUUCAUGGAACCCCCGACCUGGGCAUCAGCCCCUCCCACAGCCAGCGGAUUGCCAGCUCUCAGAUCUCCUCCCAACUCCAGUAUUUUGGACAAUCACUCAGUGGAGGUCAGGACCUAAGCCAGGAUGGACUAAAUGACCUGGCUGUGGGGGCCCGGGGACAUGCACUGCUGCUCAGGACAAGACCUGUGCUCAGGGUGUUGCCAAAAAUUUUCAUCAACCCUCCUGAGAUUCCAAGAUCUGUAUCUGAGUGUCAGGAGCAAAUGGCCCCUGUCCAGACACUAGGGGAAGCUAAUGUCUGCCUUGAAAUUUACCAAAGUCCCAAGAGUCAGCUAGGUAACCUCCAAAGCUCUGUGAGCUUUGACUUGACCCUGGACCCUGGCCGUCUGAAUCCCCGUGCCAUCUUUGAGGAGACAAAGACGCGGAAUCUCACUCGUGUGCAAGUUCUUGGAUUAGGGCGUCACUGUGAGGUCCAGAAGUUGCUUCUCCUGGGCUGUGUGGAAGACUCAGUGACCCCCAUUAUCCUGCGUCUCAACUUCUCCUUGGAAGGGAAGCCCAUCACUUCUCACAGAAACCUCCGGCCUGUAUUGGCCAUGGAUGAACCAAGAUAUUUCAUGGCCUCUCUUCCCUUUGAGAAGAACUGUGGAGCUGACCAUGUAUGCCAGGAUGACCUUGGUAUCGCCCUUGACUUCCCUGGGUUGAAGACCUUGUUGGUGGGAAGUAAUUUGGAACUAAACAUAAAAGUAACUAUAUGGAAUGAUGGCGAGGACUCCUAUGGAACUGCCAUUACUUUCUUCUACCCAGCAGACUUGUCUUAUCGACGCGUGGAAGGAAUCCAGAAUCAGCUCCACAAACGCUCCCCACACUUGACAUGUGAAAGUUCCCCAGCUGGAAGCCAGGGCACCUGGAGCACCCGCUGCAGCAUGAACCACUUCAUCUUCCAGGAGAACACUCAGAUCACCUUCAUGGCCGCUUUUGACGUUUCUCCCAAUGCCAAACUGGGACACCAGCUACUUUUGAGGGCUAAUGUAAGCAGUGAGAAUAACACUCCCAGGACCAACAAGACCACUUUUCAGCUUAAGAUUCCUGUGAAGUAUGCUGUCGACACGGUGAUCAGAAGUCAUGAACAAUCCACCAGGUACCUCAACUUCUCGGCCUCAGAUAAGGAGAAAAUCUCCAUGGUUCAGCAUAGGUUCCAGGUGAGCAACCUGGGGCAAAGGGACCUGGCAGUGAGCAUCAACAUCUGGGUUCCUGUCGAACUGAAUCGCAUGGCUGUGUGGAUGAAGCCGGAGGUCUUUCAACUCCAGAACUCAUCUUUUCGAUGCUCUUCAGAGAGAACAGCACCUACAGAGACCAACUUCCUGACCCAAAUUCAGAAAAAGCCUGUGUUGGAUUGCUCCAUUGCCAACUGCCUUAGGUUCCACUGUGACAUACCCUCCUUCGGUAUCCAGGAGGAACUUGACUUCAUCCUGAAAGGCAACCUUAGCUUUGGAUGGGUCAGCCAGAUAUCACAGAAAAAGAUCUUGGUUGUGAGUGUGGCUGAAAUCAUGUUCGACAGAUCUGUAUAUUCCCAGUUUCCAGGGCAGGAGCCAUUUUUGAAAACACAGUUGGAGAUGGUGCUGGAACAGAUUGAGGUCUACAACCCCAUCCCCCUCAUCGUGGGCAGCUCUGUGGGAGGAUUGCUGCUGCUGGCUCUCAUCACAGCUGCACUGUACAAGCUUGGUUUCUUCAAACGCCAUUACAAGGAAAUGAUGGAGGAAGAAAAUGCACAGACUAACCUGGAAAACGCAACAUCAGAUCUCCAAGUGACCCAAUAA